AUGAACAGCUCUUUUCCCUUUGGAUUAUUGAAUCGUCAAAAUAAGACUGAAGAAUAUUUACUUGAUGCUUUAAACAAAAAGAAAUCAAUGGGAAAGAAAAAUGUUCCUAAUGUUGAAUUCGGCAUGGAGCUAUUGAGUUACAAAGAGGAGGAAGAUCAAAUUAUCGCUAUUGUAAAGAACUUAAAUAAUAACAUGGAAGAAGAAAUCCAUUGUCGUUAUUUAGUCGGAUGUGAUGGUGUACAUUCCAGUGUCAGAAAAGGAAUAAGUGGAUGGACUUAUGAAGGUCAAACACUGAAAUCUUCAUGGGCUUUAGCCGACGUAGAAAUUGAUCAUGAAUUAGUUAAAUACGAUCAAACAACUUCUUUUAUGCAUGGUGAAGGCCCUGUCAUGAUAAUACCGUUGGAUGCCAGAAAAAAUACUGUUCGCGUUGUUGUCAAAGUUGCUGAAGAAGAGAACAAAAAUGAAACUAACGAUAGGGUUACACAUGGACUCACAAAUGAAACGUGCAUUACUCUGGAUGAGAUGCAGAAACUAAUUGAUGAGAGAAUUGCCCCGAUUAAACUUGAACUAAAGAAUCCAACAUGGAUUUCUAAUUUCAGGAUUAAUGAAAGAAUUGUGAAUAGAUAUCGAACGGGACGUGCAUUUGUCGCUGGAGAUGCUGCUCAUUGUCAUUCGCCAGUUGGUGGUCAAGGCAUGAAUUUAGGAAUUCAAGACGCUCAUAACUUGGCAUUCAAAUUGGUUCUAGCUAUUAAGAAUCAGGCAGUUGACGUUAAUAAACUUCUUGAUAGUUAUGAACAAGAACGAUAUUCCGUUGGUAAAAAUUUAAUUGCGGGUGCCGGUUUUGUAACAAAACUUUUGGGUAGUAAUGAUAUUAUUAGUACAUUCAUCCGAACGCGCGUAGCUCCUUUCAUGUUUCAUUUCUUUCCUCAAAUUAAAAUGAAUUUCCCAAAUAGUAUAUAUCAAACUGAAAUUAAUUACUUUCCUGAGACAUCCGGGAUCCUUCAUAGGUAUAAACCUCGCUCAAACACUGAAAACAAAUUGAUCAAAGCAGGUCAUUACGCAAUAGAUGGACUAUUAAAGAAAAUAAUUUUUAACAAAAAUAAUGAUCGCAUAACUUUAUUUGAUAUUUUUCGUUCAAUGGCAUUGAAACACAUUUUAAUAUUGUUUACUCUAACCAAGGGAGUUACUGCUGAUUAUAAUCCACUUGUUAAUACGUUGUUGAAGAUCUAUACCGAUUAUAAAAGCACUAUCACGCCUGUUAUCAUUUCAUAUUCAGGCGCUAUCCAGACUGCAGAUGUACCAUUCAUGCCAUUCCAAGAAGAAGGCAGAGAGCAACAUAUAUUUGUUGAAUCCAGAUUUGAAUUGCAUGAAAAAUAUGGCAUAACUAAAGAAGUCGGAAAGCAAGCUUUAAUACUUGUUCGACCUGAUUUGUACAUUGCUAGUGCAGUGUUUGAAGAUGAAAUUGAUGAAUUGAAAGCAUUCAUGGAAGGAUAUUUGGUCAAGGAUGGUGGAUAG